UUGCACCUCGCAUAUCAUAGCAGCAGCGCAUCACAUCGCAUACGUAGUGUCUUGUCGUCCAAGAUCUCCCAUCCACACACACACACAGCAUACGCACAUACAUAACGCACGAACCUCGACAAACACACCUACGUCCCCACGCCACAUACGCAAACGCCUCUACUGUUGAAAAAAGGGAAUAAAAGGGGGAAACUAGGGAAAAUACUUACACACGUCCACACAAACUUUAAAUGCCAUCACCACCCACCAAGCAGAGGAAGAUUGCCAUUGUUGGCAGCCGCUCCGUCGGCAAAUCCUCUCUUGCCGUCCGAUAUGUCGACGGCCACUUCGUCGAGAGCUACUAUCCCACCAUCGAGAACACCUUUAGCAAGGAGAUCCCGUACAAGGGGCAGGACUUCUCGACCGAGAUUGUCGACACGGCGGGACAAGAUGAGUAUAGCAUACUAAACUCGAAGCACUUCAUCGGCAUACACGGGUACAUGCUCGUGUACUCGGUGUCGUCGUACCAGUCCUUUGAGAUGAUCCAAGUAAUCCGGGAUAAGAUCUUAAACCACCUUGGAACCGACUCCAUACCCAUCUGCGUUGUCGGCAACAAGAGCGAUCUCCGGCCCGAGCAGCGGCAGGUGACGGCCGAGGACGGCCAACAGCUGUCCGAGGACCUCAAGUGCGCGUGGACCGAGGCCAGCGCGCGCUACAAUGAGAACGUCGCCAAGGCCUUUGAGCUGCUCAUUGGCGAGAUCGAGAAGUCGCAGAACCCAUCCGAGUCGUCCGAGACGGGCAAGUGCCACAUGAUGUGAAAACACUGAUGGCUCACCUUGCUCUUUUGGGAGGACCCCUGGGGGGGGAAACGAAAGAGAGACACCAUAAUUUUGUCCGCGGCCGGAUGUAACAGAUAUACGAUGUAUUCCCAUCCAUAAUAUCGUCCGGUAAUUCCCCUUAACUCUCAGCGGGCCUUCUUCUAU